AUGGCCAAUAAGGGUGCCCCUGAGGCACUCGAUCGGUCACUGAAAGAUAUCAGGGAUUCUACAGCUUCUAUGGGUGGUGUAACUCUAUUACUUUCAGGAGAUUUCCGACAAACCCUUCCUGUCAUCCCUAAAGGAACCAGGGCUGAUAAAGUGCGUGCAUGCCUUAAGUCAUCCAUGUUGUGGCCCCAGGUUAAGAUGUUAAGCCUAAGCACAAACAUGCGUGCGCACUUGCUUGGUGAUAUCACGUCUGCAGCAUUUGCUGAAGACAUUUUAGCCCUUGGAGAAGGGAAGGUUCCUAAUAAUGAUAAGGGUGACAUGUCCAUCUCUGAACUGUGCAACACAGUGGACAACCCUUCUGACCUUUUGGAAACAGUGUUCCCCAAUCUGGAAAGUAACUAUGCAGACAUCAAUUGGCUCAGUGAAAGAACUAUCCUGGCCCCCAAAAACGUAGCUGUCAGUGCUAUCAAUGACCAGCUCAUAAGCCGAAUUCUGGGUGAGGAGCGCAUCUACAAAUCGGUUGACCGGACCUCUGACCCCCAAGACAUUGUCAAUUACCCUAUCGAGUUUCUCAACUCAUUGGAGCCAGCAGGGCUUCCACCUCACAUUCUUAGGCUAAGGAAUGAAGUAUAUUUAUGA